CCAUAUUUAGGAUGCACCAUAACUUCAUGCCUAAACGUGAGCUCAGAAACUCAAAACACUACCUAUUUUACACCAACCAUUUCCAAUGUACAAAUUUACUAGUUGCCCUCUCUCUCUCUCUCUCUCUCUCUGAUUGCCUGGCUACACAAAAUAGCUAAUCAUCUAAACUGAAGAUUGGAGAUGACAACGGCAAAACCUUCCUCUUUUCUAUUCAUGGCUGUUUUGGAAAUCUCACACUUCCCCUGCCACUGCUACAUUAAAACCAACUAAACAGACGUUCUACCAAUUUCUACUUUAACUCCAAUCCAUAAAUAUAUGCCUCUCCAUCUCCUCCUUUUCAUUGUAAACCAGCAUUACAUCCUCUACUACUACGUCAAACACAAGAUCUUGGAAAUGGCUCCACAAUGCAUCAACUCCAUUUCAAGUCGGUUUGCUUUGGUGCUUCUCAUUGUUAUUCUUUUUGUUCCAAACCCCACUCUCUCUAAGAAAAAAAUAGUUCAUGGUUUGAACAUAAACGUGAUUGAUCGUUGCUGGAGAAGGAACCAAGAUUGGAGAAGGAACCGCCAGCAACUUGCCACAUGCUCGGUGGGUUUUGCUGGGAAGAUGAGCAACAACAUAGGAAGAGACCUCAAACACUAUGAAGUCACUGAUCCCAGUGACAAUGCUGUAGACCCAAAACCAGGGACCUUAAGAUAUGGAACAACCAUGAUUCAAGGGAAAGUUUGGAUCACAUUCCAAAGGGACAUGACCAUUAGACUCCAGAAACCACUUCUCAUUAGUAGCUUUACUGCCAUUGAUGGCAGGGGUGCUACUGUUAACAUAGCUGAUAAUGCAUGUUUAAUGAUCUUCAAGGCAAGCAACAUAAUCAUCCAUGGACUUCGAAUCCACCACUGCAAAGCUCAAGCACCAAGCUCAGUUAUGGGUCCGAAAGCGAAGAUAGUGCAGCUGGGUCAGGUGGAUGGGGAUGCAAUUCGGUUGGUGACUGCAUCAAAGGUAUGGAUUGACCACAACACACUCUACAGCUGCCAAGAUGGUCUCCUGGAUGUGACACGUGGCUCAACCGAUGUGACCAUCUCGAACAACUGGUUCAGAAAUCAGGACAAAGUUAUGCUUCUUGGUCAUGAUGAUGGAUACUUGAGGGACAAGGACAUGAAGGUCACAGUCAUGUACAACCAUUUCGGACCCAAUUGCAACCAAAGAAUGCCAAGGAUUCGCCAUGGAUAUGCACAUGUAGUGAACAAUCUCUACUUGGGAUGGACACAAUAUGCAAUUGGGGGAAGUAUGAGUCCCAGUGUAAAGAGUGAAGCCAAUCUCUUCAUUGCUCCCAAAUCAGGGAACAAAGAGGUCACUUGGAGGAGGGACAGCAUUGGAAAUAAAAAUUCAUGGAGGUUUUACUCUGUGAGGGAUGUUUUUGAAAAUGGAGCUUCUUUCAUUCAAACAGGGAAGGGUGGAGCAAAGCCACACUACAAUAGCCAACAACUUUUCAAAGUUGCAGAUGCUAAGUCCCUAAGGUCAUUGACAAGAUCAGCAGGUGCUUUAUGGUGAAACCAACCAAGUCUUCCAUCACCUUCAACUUACACCAGUUUUAUCUCUUGUUCUUUUACUUUUUCAUUUGCUUUCCAUUGUACCACCUCAACUUGUCUCAGUCGACAAUGA